AUGAACAAACUAAGACAACAUAGUUUCUUGGCAUUCUUAUGCCUCCUCCUUAUACUUCCAACUUUAGUUUUCGGAGAGUGCACAUGUGACGAAGAAGAAGAUGGGGACCGGAACAAAACCGAAGCCCUCAAGUACAAACUCGCCGCGAUUGCAUCGAUACUAGUUGCCAGUGCAAUCGGUGUUUGCAUUCCGAUUCUUGGGAAGACCAUCCCGGCUUUGCACCCCGACAGGAAUAUCUUCUUCCUCAUCAAGGCCUUUGCAGCCGGUGUCAUAUUGGCUACCGGAUUCAUACACGUGCUUCCGGAUGCUUUUGAUAACUUGACAUCGCCGUGCCUUAAGGAGAAUCCAUGGGGGAAGUUCCCCUUCACUGGGUUUGUGGCCAUGGUUGCUGCCAUUGGGACUUUGAUGGUGGAUGCCUCUGCCACUUCUUACUACAGCAGGUCUCACUUCAAGAACAAUAAGGCUCAGCCUGCGGAGAGCUGCGGUGACCAGGAGAAGGCUGGAGAGCAUGAGGGUCACGUGCAUGUUCAUACUCAUGCAACUCAUGGUCAUGCUCAUGGUGCAGUUGACACUUCACCUACAACACAACUUCUUAGGCACAGAGUGAUUUCACAGGUUUUGGAGUUGGGGAUUAUUGUGCAUUCUGUCAUUAUUGGAAUUUCUUUAGGUGCUUCUGAAAGUCCUGACACCAUAAGGCCUCUUGUAGCUGCCUUGACCUUCCAUCAGUUUUUCGAAGGCAUGGGACUUGGUGGAUGCAUAUCUCAGGCGAAAUUCAAGGCUCGAGGAGUUGCAAUCAUGGCUCUGUUCUUCUCUCUUACAACUCCUGUUGGAAUUGCAAUUGGUAUCGGAAUUUCAAACGUUUAUAAAGAAAACAGCCCAACUGCCCUCAUCGUUGAAGGCGUUUUCAACGCAGCAUCAGCCGGUAUCUUAAUCUAUAUGUCCCUUGUUGAUCUGCUAGCAGCUGAUUUUAUGAACCCAAAAUUGCAGAGCAAUGGAAAACUUCAAGCUGGGGCUAAUAUAGCUCUUCUUCUUGGAGCUGGUUUUAUGUCUCUGCUAGCCAAAUGGGCUUAA